ACCAGCUGAGUCAGUCAUUCUUUCGCAGACUGCGACAACAUCAGGAUCAUUCGGUCUUUACGCGAUAAAGUGGUGAUAUACAAACAAUAUUUUAUAUAAGCAUUAUUAUUUCUCGGUUUUUCCGCGUUGACUUGCUUCAACUAAUUAAUCGACGAUACAAUCUGAAAGAUGGAUAUUAGGAUCUUCGCGCUGGUUGCUUUCGUUGCUGUCCUAGGAUCCUUUACGGAGGCCCGAUCCCCCUUUGGUUAUCCUUACAAUGGAGGACUACGUGUCGACAGGCCGUCGGCUAGUUUCGCCGCGUCCAGGUUGAAGCGAGAAGUCGAUUCGAAUGGUGAGAGUACCACCGAAUCUACUACCAGUCAAGCAACUACAACGACUUCCUCAGAUUCCACAGAUUCCACAACUUCAGAUUCAUCAUCGACCACAUCAUCAUCAACCACAGAAUCAUCAUCAACCACAGAAUCAUCAUCAACCACAGAAUCAUCAUCAACUACAGAAUCAUCAUCAACCACAGAAUCAUCAUCAACCACACCUUCAACAUCAUCCACCGAAGCCACUUCAACCACAGAGGCCACCUCUACCACAGAGGCCACAUCUUCCCCGACUACUCCGACUUCCACUUCCGAAACUACUCCAACAACUCCAUCCACUACACCUACAUCUAGCACAAGUCCAGAAACCACGACACCGACGUCUGAGACGAAGAAACCGGACGACAUUUUGUCACGUUCAAAUACCGAUGAAUCCGAAGACUCCACUAAGAAACCUGGACCAUCGGACGACAAAACGCCAACUCCCGGACCAUUCUUUGGUGCUCCUGGAUUCGGCUUUGGUGGUUAUGGUCCUAGUUUCGAUCCCUAUUUUGGUUAUCCUGGAUUCAACUCUAUACCAGCUUAUAACCCGAAUUAUGCAUGGACUGGUACAAACAACGGGCCAGGAUUUGCGUCUGCGGGCGCAUCCGCCGGAAGCUUUGGAUAUCCAUAUCCGACAAUGGGAUAUCCAACGGGAGGAUUUCCCACGAUGGAAUCACCAACGGGAUUAUAUCCCACAAUGGGACCACCAAUGGGAAUGUAUCCCACAGUAGGAUCACCGACGGGAUUAUAUCCCACGAUGGAAUCACCGACGGGAUCACCAUCUUUCGGAAGUCGAGGAGGAUUUCAAGAUAACUUACCGAACCAGGAUAAUUUACCAAACAAGGAUAGCUCACCAAACCAGAUUGGAUACAAUUUCGGCGGAGAUCCGUUGUAUAACGCAGGACCUGGAUUCUUUUACCCAGGACAAUUUCCUAAUAAUCCUUUUAACGAUCCCACUUUUGACAUGAUCAAACAAAUUCAGGCGCAGAUCGAGGCGCAGCAUCAGGCCAACAUGGAAUUCCACAACCGUUUGGCCAAUGAAGCCGCUAAUUACGGUGGCGGAAAUUACGGCGGCGGGAGCUACGGUGGCGGCGUACCGCAGGUUGCGAGUGCCAGUAUUGGCUUAGGCCCAUACGGUGGUUUCCAAAGCGGCCAAAUCAGUCCCUUCGCACAGAUUCCAGUCUUCUUAUAGUCUUUAUUACCGGCGAUCUCUCCGUCAUAGGCUUCUCCAGGAAUAGAGUCCAGAUUCGCGGAUGAACUGCCUCCACCAUCGGGUAAUAGCUUUGGAGUGUUUGCUAGUUCCAGUUCCUCCAGCAUGACCGGGCCGGAUGGCAGACCGAUUAACCAUAAGUCGUCGAUUACCGGCGUUAAUGAUAAUGGAAAAGUUUCUUUCCGCACUGUGCACGAUUAAUUAAAUAACACUUUUAAUCGUGCCUAUCUCUAUAAUCAUUAAUUAAAUGUUGUGUGCUAUGUACAAUGUUACAAUAAUAAUGAUGCAAUUUUAUAAUUCAAAUUUAUUACGUGUUACAAAAUAAGUUUGUAACUUAAGACAUUGAAACUCAGGCUCAAAUAUUUUCUUAAGAUUACCUCACAAAUACUCAAGUUUCUUAGAACCAAUAGAUUCUUUUUGUAAAAUUAAAGUUGUGACUUUUAUAUGAUUUUCUGUAAUUGUCAAUAACUCGACAAUUUUUACCUGUUUGCAAACAAAAUUCGUUUGCAAUACAAAAAAAUUUUUUAAUUUUAAGAAGGUUUUUUGGGUUAGUGUCAUGUUCUAUUCGAGCAAUAUCGAGUGAACACAUGACUCUUUUGCAUUUAAUUAUUACGUUUACUUGCUUAAAUAUAUUCAUAUUAUUGUAUCUUCUAUGUAAUACAUAAAUUAAACUCUUGAUGCUUUUAUAA